UUGGGUUCGGGCCGUCUUCAGGUCGAGGUGCUUCAAGAAAUUGGUGGAACCCUAUAUUGCUAGCUUCUGUUUUAUAGCUUAUUGACAGAAGAGGUUUUGAGCAAUUUGAAACGGCCAAUGUGAUGGCUGAGUUGACUGGCUGAGGAAGGCUCGCCCCUAUGGCCCAAGCACUUCUAAAUUUUUAAUGUUUUGCCUUAUUUUUCGGAAUGGCUUUUUACUUUUAAAUGUUGCUCUUUAAUUUUGGGUGUGCUUCAAGCCUUUUUGGAUCGAAUGUAUUUCUUUUUUUUUUUUUGGAGGGCCAUUUUUUUCACUUUGUGUGUUCAGUUUUGAAAUUCAGUGUGCAACUUGAUUGUUUUUGUUAGCCUCUUUCUACAUUUGGUGUGCUCGUAAUAUCUUUUUGUGAGUGUGUCAGUUUAUUCUUUAGGUGUGCCGAUUUCUAUUUAACCCAUUUGUAAGCAAUAAGUUAAUACUUUUUAUGCAUCGUGUUAGUCAUAAUACUUUAAAAAAACGUCUCCAUUACGUCUUGAAUAUCUAUUAUACUUGUGAUGUCUUUUAAAUAUUUUCAUUCGUUGUUUCUUUAUAGUAAUCUACUUCCCUCUUCUCCAUUUGAUUGCAAAUCACUUUUUAGCGUCAAAUUUUAGGAGCCCCUGUGCUUUAGGCUGGUAAGUGAAUUUAAAAAUGCUCCCUUAUAAUUUUGCUGAUCUGCAGAAGUAACUUUUCUGUUGCGACUGUCAGACCUUUUUUCCCCUCCAAAAUGACGUGUUAAUAUAUGUUUCACCUAAAUUUAUUUCGUGAAUGUCACAUUUUCCACUCUUUAAUUACAUUUAGGAGGGUACAUUGCCGUUCCGCAUGAAUUGCCCAUCAACCAUUGCAUUUCAAGAUGCCCCUGUGACUUCACGUGAACAGUAAAUCCCAUGUUGAAUUUCCAGGAAUUACUUGGAUCCAAAUGAGCCUCUGAACGCAGAAGCAUCUAUUGAAGUCCAUAACACAUUCUUACCAAUGGAAGGCGAGUUAUUCCCUUGUGACGUGGUGACAAUUGCCACGAACUUAUCCUCAACUGAAUUGGUCUUCGUGGAGUUUAUCCCAUUAUCCCCGAAAUGGCACACGAUGAUCCGUUUUGAUAAUCAACAUCAAUUUACAUCCCAGGGAAACGAAAUUUUUGGAGGUACAGAGCUUUUAGCAUCGAACCUCUUGCCAGAGGAUUCUAGUCUAUUAGUACUGAAAGAGAGGGUGAUGUUAUCGAAAUCACAACCCAGUCGUAUUUGUACUGACAGCGGCCAAGCGAAAAUGUUCCAAUGCACCCAAGAUUAUUUAGUGAGAAAUAUGCCUUGUCAUUUACCAUGGCUGCCUAAAAAUGAAGAUUCACAAAAGAGACCGUGUAACGAGACACAUGAUUGGAUUGUUUGGAAAGAAGUGUGGGAACAUCUAUACAAAGAUGUAACCUAUGAGAAAAUUGUCAAAACCACCGGAUGCGUGCCCAAUUGCUUUUAUAGGAAAUACGAGGCAAACAUGGCCAGUGUCUCUAUUCCUCCCGUUAUAGACCCACUAGUCAAUGGCAGUCACUUGUUGGUACUUCAAAUGCCCCAAGGGAUUGUCACGUUCCAAACGGAAAAGUAUUUCUAUGACGCUUCCAGCUUCGUAGCGGAUGUCGGCGGGUUCCUUGGGCUCCUUUUAGGCCUCAGUGUCAUGGAUAUCGUGGAGAUGGUCAUCAGUGUUUUCAAAUGGAUUACUGAAAUCACAUUCAAAACCAAAAUCGAUCCGGUCUCCUAAGUCAUGAAUUCGCACAGUUCGGCGGACGUUAUCAUUUUUAAUUGAUCCUAGGCAUUAGUACUUCUUUUUGUACGUUGCUUCA